GCGCUUGGAGCAGCUCGCCGCGAAGGUGGUGCGUCGUGGUGCGGGAGCUGAGAGCGAGAGAGAGAGAGAGAGUGAGUGCGUGAGAGAGAGAGAGAGAGAGAGAGAGAGUGUGCAGUAUCGGCAUCAGCGGAGCGGACGGCGGAGGCUGCGGAGAGGCGGAGAUGAUGCAGGGCGGCAGGGACGGCUACGGGGGCGGCGGGACACGAUCGCCACGCAGCGGCCGCCGGCUCGGAGAGCUGCCUACAGUGGACCGCAGUCCGUCGAGAGGUUACAGCGGCGGCGGCGGCGGCGGCGGAAGUUCCGGCUACGUCUCGGGCCGCGGAAGCCCGCUCGGCUCGCGCAGGCUGCGGGCCGGCACGCGCAGCGGCAACAGCUCGCCCGAGGGCCAGCUCUACUCGACUGGCGGCGGCGGAGUCUACGGCCACCACACGCCAGUCCAUCAGUCUCUCGUUGGCCUGGCCGGGAGCGGCGGCAUCGGCGGUGCUAGUCCGUACUACGCGAGCAGCUUGGGGGGCGCGCGCGACGUCGUGGACGAGCUCGGCAGCCCGGUGCUGCUGCUCGAGGAGCGCGGCCGCAGCAUGUCGCAGGGCGCGGGACAGCACCGAUCGCGCAGCGCCUCAAGGCCCGCCGGCAUGCCGGGCCCGCGCUACGCCAGCCUCGACCGCGCCUCGGUCGGCCUCCUCGACCACGAGCGCGAGUUCGUGCCCAUCCGCGAGCCGCUCUCUCGCUCUGCGGGCCGCUACCUCGAGGACGAGCUCUACGGGCCGCCGUUGCGGAGCGUCGCCCAGCGGCAGUCGCCCAACCCGCACAUGCUCCGCGACGGCGGCGGCUACAUCGGCGAGCUCCAGCACCAGAACAACGACCUGCAGCGCGAGCUCGGCAACCUCAAGAAGGAGCUCGAGCUGACCAACCAGAAGCUCGGCAGCUCCAUGCACAGCAUCAAGACCUUCUGGUCGCCGGAGCUCAAGAAGGAGCGGGCGCUGCGCAAGGAGGAGUCCACCAAGUACAGCCUCAUCAACGAGCAGCUCAAGCUGCUCAACAACGAGAACCAGAAGCAGAGCAUGAUGGUUCGACAACUGGAGGAGGAGUUGAGAUUGCGUAUGCGAGGUCCGAGCGUCGAAAUGCAGCAACAGAUGGAAGUCUUGUACAACGAGAACGAGCACUUGACUCGCGAAAUCGCAAUACUCCGAGACACGAUAAAGGAGCUCGAGCUACGGAUAGAGACGCAAAAGCAGACUCUGCAGGCGAGAGACGAGAGCAUCAAAAAGCUCCUGGAGAUGCUGCAGAACAAAGGCAUGGGAAAGGAAGAAGAGCGCAUCAUGUUCCAGCAGAUGCAGUCCAUGGCCCAGAAGCAGCUUACUGAGGAGGAGGUGGCGUUCGGAGAUCCCGGCAUUCUGGACGAGGAGGAGGAGGAGGAGGAUGAGGAGGAGGAGGAGGAGGAGGAGGAUGAGAUGUUCAGGGGCUUCAGGACUUACGAGCCCGGCGGCCCCGGCAGCGUCCCCAUACUCGGGCGAGGCAGCGUCGUCGUCGACGAUCUGGGCCUUGUCGCGUACCCGUCUUCGUGCUCGAUCGACCGGCUAGUAGCAGACGCGAGGCAGACCUAUCCUGGACAACAACCACGACUCUUUUCACAGCUCGACGAGUUGAGGACGGAGGUGCAGCGACGGGAUCAGGAGAUCCUCGCCAUGUCCGCCAAGAUGAAGACCCUCGAGGAGCAGCAUCAGGAUUACCAGCGACACAUCGCCGUGCUCAAAGAGUCGCUCUGCGCCAAGGAGGAGCACUACAACAUGCUCCAAGCCGACGUCGAGGAGAUGAGGCAGAGGCUCGAGGAGAAGAACCGGCUGAUCGAGAAGAAGACCCAGCAGGCCCUGCAGGCCCAGCAGGAGCGCAAUCGUUUCAACACCGAGCUGACGGAGCUCAAGGACCACAUGGACAUCAAGGACCGCAAGAUCAACGUGCUCCAGCGAAAGAUCGAAAACCUGGAAGACCUGCUGAAGGAGAAGGACAACCAGGUGGACAUGGCGAGGGCUCGGCUCACGGCGAUGCAGGCUCACCACUGCAGCAGCGAGGGCGCGCUCAGUAGUCUCGAAGAGGCGAUAGGCGACAAGGAGAAACAAAUGGCCCAGCUGAGGGAGCAGCGGGAUCGAGCCGAGCAGGAGAAACAGGAGGAGCGAGAGCUUCACGAGCGCGAAAUCGCCGAGUACAAGAUGAAGAUUCACACGCUCGAGUCCGAGGUAGAGAAGCUCAGCGCACGAGUGGAGCGAGCCCAAGCGGAGAAGGACCGUCUGGAAGCCAAGCUCGAGAGUUCCCAGUCCGAGCUGGGCAAGAGCAAGGCCGAGCUGGACAAGGCCGCUUCCGAGGUGGGCCGCAGCGGCGCAGACUGGGAGGCUGCCAAGCAGAGACUGACCCGACUGGAGCUCGAGAACGAGAGGCUCAGGCACGAGGUCGAGAGGUCCCAGUCGAGCUAUGGCCGCGCCAUCAACUCCACCCAGGAGAUGGACAGGAUCCAGGAACGCGCCGAGAAGUCCAACUCCGAGCUGAGGAGAGCUCAGGCCGAGCUGCGCGUCACUCAGGCCGACAACGAAAGGGCCCGAGCUGAGGUCGCUGCUCUUCAGGAGAAGGUCGAGAAGAGUCAGGGCGAGGUGUACCGGCUCAAGGCUCGUCUGGAGAACGCCCAGAGCGAGCAGGAGAGCCUGAGGGAAGAGUACGACCGCGCCCAGGCUUCCGUGGCUCGACUGCAUUCCGAGAGGGACAAGGCCGUGGGCGAGCUCGAGAAGGCCCAGGAGGAGCUUGAGAGAACUCAGGCGACCCUCGGCAAGGCCCAGCUGCAGCAGGACAAGCUCCAGAACAUGCUCGACAAGACACAGACCGAGGUCGACAAGCUGCAGGAGCGGCUUGAGAAGGCCCAGGCUGAGAUCAGGAGGAUGCAAAUGGAGAAGGAGAAGCAGAUCUACGACUCGGAGAACCUGCAGAGCCAGCUGGACAAGACGCACGGCCAGAUCAAUAGGAUGCAGAAAGAGCGGGAGACCAUACAGCUCGAGGUCGAUCGGCUUCAGGACAAGUACGAGAAAGCUCAGACCAUCAUGCAAAGACUGCAAAAGGAGAGAGACAGCUUCCACGAAGAGAUGGAGAAACUCCAGGAGAGGGUGGAGUUCCACCAGAGCCAGAUCGCCAAGUUGCAGAGGGAGAAGGAGAACGUGCUCUCGGAGCUGGAUCUCGUCAAAGAUCGUUGGGAAAAGGCACACAAUGCUCAGCAGAAACUGGCGCUCGAACGGGACGACGCGCUAACAGAAGUGGACAUUUUGAAGGACAAGCUGGAGAAGGCACAGUACACGUUGAGCAAGGCUCAGGAGGAGAAGGAGAAUGCAAGCAAGGAGUUCGACAAAAUACUGGAGAAGUAUGACAGAGCUCAGAGCGAGGUGUACAGACUGCAGAACAAGAUCGAGGUAAUGGAGGCCGACAAGGACCGCUUGGAGCUGGAAACUGAGAAACAACAGAUGCUUGCGAGCAAGAGUCGCGAAGAGGCGCGCAAGGCACAGGAAGAACUGGCUCGAGUCCAGGAGCUCUACGAGCGCGCAGCACUACAGCUGAGCCGCACGAAAGAGCACGAGGAAAAGUCGAAGGACGAACUGGACAGACUGACCGUCGACCUGGAUAUGGCACGCGAGCGCUUCGACAAGAGCCAGAUUGAGAUGCGCCGGCUGCAAAGCGAACGCGAAAAGCUGCUUGCGGACAACGAGAGGCUGAGCUUCGAGCUGGAACGUGCCCAGUCGCAGCUGGCUAAAGCUCAGGCGGCGACGGACAAGAGUCAGGAAGAGCUCGGUAGGAUGCAACUGGAGAUCGAGAAGAUGUACGAGAAGCACGACCGGCAGCAGGCAGAGGUACGCAAGGCACAGUCCGAAGCCGAGAGACUGAGGCAGGAAGCCGAGAAUGCCAGGGAGGAGGUAGAGCGCUAUGCCGCGAGGUUCGGCAAGCGCGAGGAGAGCUUGCGCAUGAAGGAGGAGCACGAGCGUCUGAAGUUGGAGUGCGAUCGUCUGCGGGACCGAUUAGAAAAGGCCACUGCCGAGCUGGAACGAUCGCGACGCACCGAGCGAGAAUUCGAGACUCGGUCGGAGAGCCGCAUGGGCAAGUACGCACUGGAACAGGAGGUCGAGCGGUUGCGCGAACGCUUGGAGAGUAGGGAGGCCGAACUCAAGCGCAGCCAGAACCAUGCCCAGGAGCUAGAGCAGCGCUAUCACGAGCUGCAGCUUCAGCUCGAGCGAACCCGAGAAGAGGCGGCCAAAAUGCAGCAAGCUCAAGAGAGGAACAAGCAGGAGCAGGAGCGAGCUCGCAUCGAGGCCGAGAAGCUCAAGGAUCGGUACGACAAGCUCAAAGCCAAGGCCGAUGCGCUGGAGGCUGAUAACGAGAAGCUCAGGGUAGAAAUCGUCAGGUUGGAGAGGCUCAUGCAGACCGAGGGCAAGACCAGAUCCGAGAGCGCGAGCAUAGAAGUAGAACGACUACGCGCCAGCCUAGAGAAGGCCAUCACGGCGCGCGACCAAGUCGAGCUCGAGGCAGGACAGCUGGCAAAGGAACUGGAGAAGAGCGCGCAACUGAUCAACCAGAAGCAGGAGGAGAUCAAUCAGAGCAAGAAGGAACACGAGCGUCUCCUGACCGAGGCAAACCUGCUAAAAGAGGAGCGCGAUGCCGUGAGAACGGAACUGCGCCGUUCCCAGCAGGUCCAGCAGGCCCAAGGAAACGAGGAGAUCGCGCGGCUACACCAAGAACUGCAGGUAGCCCAGCGCGAACGAGACAAGAUGGCCGCGAUCCUGGAGAACCGCGAAAAGCACGCGGAGAAGAUCGAGAAGGCCAAGGAGAAGCUCGAGAGCGAGACCAAGCAUCUGGAGAUGGAGAGGGACCAGCUAGUCAUUCAGCUGGAAAAGUCGCAGGACAUGCUGAUGAACUUCCAGCAGGAACUGAACGCCAGCGAGGCCGAGUGCAAGAAGCACACCGACGAGAUCCGACGAUUGCAAAUGAUGCAGCAGCAACGAGGCCAGCAGCAGAGCGCCGAAUCCAUGGUGGAGGUGCAGCGCUUGACACAGCAGGUCCAGACGUUGACGAAUCAGGUCGGUGCGUUGACGCAGAACCUGACGAAAGAGCGACAGAGGGCCGAGGCUGCGGAGAAGCGACUGCAAGAGGGACUGUCCCAGGGCCAACAGCCACAGAAUCAGCAGCAGCUGGAGCAGUGGCAGAGGCAGCUGGACAUGGAGAAGCAAAGGGCCGAGCAGGCAGAAAAGAAGGUUCAGACGGCGGAGAGGCAACUGCACGCGCAUCAACAACAAAUCCAGCAGAUGCAGCAACAGAUGCAGGCGCAAGCACAAGGACAACAGGGCCAGGCAGGAGCGAACGCCGCGGAGGCCCAGAGACUGAGACAAGAGUUGCAAAAGGCGAAGGAAGAGGUUCAGCAAGCUGUAGUGGAACGAGAGAGAUUCCAGGCGCAAAUCGAAAUGCUCUGCCAGGAGCUGCAACAAAGCCAGUUCGCACUGCACGAGGCGAACAACAAGCUGCAGUCCAGUCAAGCGAAGAUGGGCGUGGAUGCUAAUCAAGGCAGGCAGAUAGAGGAGCAGAGAAGACAAGUUGAGCAACAGAGACAGCAGGUUGAGGAGAAAGCGAAGAACGUUGACGCUAAAGCGAGAGCUAUUGACGAAAAGGAGAGGAUGCUUCAGAACCUCGACCAAGAACUUAAGAAACGAAAGGCGAAAAUGGACCAGUUGGAGCAGCAACUCCAAAAGAGCGGAGGAUCGCCAGACAAAAGACUGGCCGAAUUACAAAAGACACUGGAGGGCGCUGAGAGGGAACUUGAGAAGGCGAGGGAGGAGGCCAAGAAAAGUACCCAUGAGACGGAGAGAUUAUUACAACUCGUGCAGAUGUCUCAGGAGGAGCAAAAUUCUAAAGAAAAGCAAAUACGAGAUCUUCAAGAAGCACUCAAAGCCGCACAAGCAAAACUAAAAGCUACAGCAGCACAGCAACAAGAGGCGGGACCCGCCGGUUUCUUAAAAAGCUUCUUUUAAGUUCGCCCUUGUCGGAGGCAACUUCUACUUUCUUUUAUUAGUACAAUUUACAAGUUUUUAAAUUUGAGAGCAUUGAGUGUGGCCAAAUACAGACAAGAGCAGAGCUCAAAAGUCAAAUAUAAAAAGACUAUGUAAGACUAAAAGUAAAUAAGAUAUAUUCGUCGGAUACAACGGAUUAGCUAUUCAGCUGAAAAGUUUAUGAUACAUGUAAUCUAUAAUCAGCGAAGGCUAUGGACCACUUUGUUGAGGUAGAUAGACAAAAAAUAAGUUGGCGAGACAGCGGAGAUUAAAAAAACUUGUUGAAUAAUGUUGACAAAUACGUAAAUAGUUGGAAACUAAAAUUGGACAUUUGAAUAGAGCUGAAGGAAGAGGGUACAGAAAAAAGAACAACAAAAAAUACUGUUAUUCUUGUGCUUUAGAUUCUCAAUUCACGAUUCACCCUUAUCUCAGUUAUUCAUCAAUUAUCAUUUGUACAUACGCGCAUACAAAUUCUUUAAGAUGAAUUGAACGUCGGUAAGAUGUUAAUAUAUACGGCUGCAUAGAUAUUAUGAGACAUGACUAAACUGUGUAAAGUUCUUUGACGAAAGGCGUUCAAGAGAGCUGACCAAGACGAAGUGUGGAAAGACACGAUGGGCCUGUUAGAUCAAUUAAAGAAAUUAGUAAACCAUUAGAUAUCGGACGCAAUGAAAGGAUGCAAUAAUGAGCAAAAAUAUGUGUAGAUUGACAUUGUAUCCUUUUCCCGCUGAAUGUUGAAAAUACAGAGAAAAAAUGUAUAGAUAUAGUAGCUAAAAAGAAACGUAUGGAACGAUAGACAGCUGAUAAAGUCAGAUGCAACUAUGAUCCUGAAUAGCAUUAGUUUUAUUUUAAAUUAGAAGAUCGUGUUCAGUAAUUUUGAAGGAUGAAUGAUAAAAAUAGUUACUAAACGAAUUAUUAACGAUAUAAUCACAGCGGUCGUCAUUGGCGUAGACAAACACAAGUAAUGACUAUAACGCUAAAAGCAUUGUUCAUCAAAUUCGAGUAUUUUCGAAUGGUAUUUAUUGGCACAAAUUAUGUUCCGGAACAUUUUGCAAAACUGUGGUAUAGAAGAUGACAAGCUUGAGCUUGACUACACAAAUGUGCAACACAGACCAGAUAUAAUACAAUUGGUGACGCGGAGUUAAGAUAAACGAAUGGUGAACAAUUUUGCUUCUGAAGUUGCUGGGCGGUAAUUUCGAGUUUCAUAUUCUCGUCAUUGUUCCAAUAUUUGGAACGCUCUGAAUAUGAGAAUUACGAGAUGUACUAGAUAAAACUAGAAUUUCAUGGAUAGAAUGUAAUUAUUUGCCAAUUAGCAGUUGAAUCAACAGAGAAUGGAUCUACUGACAGUAAUGUAUCAAGUAUCAAGAGACUUCUGACAACAGAGCAGAGACCACAAAUCGUUACCACAAAUUCGAAUAUUGUUAUGUUGCAAUCAUGUUUUUUUUUGUAAUAUAUUCUGUGAUUUUAGAAAAGCUAGGGUAUUUUUAGGAAAUAGUGACUUGAUCAAACUGUAAGCCUCACGUAUAUUCUAUGGGUCUCGUCUUAAAUCAUCGGUAUUAAAUAGCGCAAGACACGACACAUUUUAUUGACUAGGGAGACGUACUAAUGUGCUACACUUUGACGAUAUUGCUCUUUUACUCUAUCAUGUUCUUCUUACGUAUUGAUAAGGUGCGAUCGUUGAUGCACCAUCAUUAAAUAUAUAUAAUAUAAAUACACUUAAAAAACAAAAGGCUGAUACACUUUUUUCAAGUUCAAUUAAACGAAAGCCGCAUCUUAAUAAUGCAAUAAAUCUGAUGAACCAAAUUAAUAAUCUUAUGCAUUGUAUGUAAGAUCAAACACAUGAAAUUUUGAAUCCGCUGUCUCAGUAUUCACAUCUGUAAGAUACUGCAAACACAAAACCUGAUUUUAUAAGUUCUUAAAACACAUGCCGUAAGAUAUGAAGUAAUAGGUUUGCUUAUUUUGCAUAUUCUUAUAAAUGCACGAUUCACUCGAGCUUAGUGAAACGUUAAUCAGAUUUAUAAUAAAAGUGGCGUAACACUAAAUCUAAUCUCAAGUCAUACUGCUCAGACGACAAUUUUUUCUCACAUCGAACGAACGUAUAUACAUUAUACUCGGCUUAAAAAAACACUGCAACUUUUUAUUACGUGGUCCAAAAGUAAAGACAAAACAUAAAGAGAAUUUAAAGGGAUAAUAAAAACAGGAUAAAAAUAUUCAGAUAUAGAUAAACAAAGUGUAUUAUGCAAUGUACGAUUAGGUGAUCAUCUACAUAUAUAAGUAAAAGUACUAAGGAGUGAUACCGUAAGGAGGUCAUACCUAUCGCAAAAAUAAGUCUAGUCAUAUAGACACACGGGCACAGAGAGAAACUGUCUCGUAAAUAUUACUGAACUUUUAUUUUGGAGCGAGGGCACUGCCGAAUUACGAUGCCAAUAAAUUUUUAUUGUGUUUCAUCACGAGUCGUUAAUUUUGACGUCGUUUGAAGUUUUAUUCCACAGUGCGUCAGAAAUAGAUGUUUUACGGACUAUUGACACAAAUGAAUGUCUUCGCAAAUCUAAUGAUUUUUUGCCACUAUCAUUUUGAAUUGGGGUACCGAGUAAUAAUUGGCAGACUUUUUCUCUCUGUGCAGGACAAAGGAAAGGAAUCCGCACACGCGCGUUCCGGCUUACUAUUAAUAUAUUUUUUUUAACUAAACAAAUUUUCAUAUGAUAACCAAACAUAAGCCACACAUAAUCACAUAUUUUACACUUACGACAACACAUCCGCCAUAUCAAAUACCCAAAAUGCCUGCUUUUCUUAUAACACAAAAAAAAAUACGAUAUAUAAUAAAUUAUAGUAUGAAAAAAAAAACUUUUACGAAUAUCCAAUAAGUAUCUAAACGAAAAUUACAAUUAUACUGAUAGCAUUGUAUGAUAUGCAACAGCGCAUCAAUGAUUCGUGCACAAAACUUAAUGUUAAAACGAAUGAUGAAAAAUUACAAUGACGUCAAAACGGUAUCGAUCUGCGCGCGUUUGUAUUCGGGGGUGAAAAAAUACCAGCAGCUUAUUUCCUGUACUUUUAGUGAGAGCACAAUUUAACAAUCCAGUAUUUAGAUUAAUCUUUUUUUUCGCGAACAAAUCGUUUAGAUCGAAAAGUUGAUAUGUAAACACACAAGAGUGAUUCAAUGUAUAAUCAUUUGCAAAAGAAAAUCAGCUGCAAUCAGCGACAUACAAAUCAGACUAUUUAGUCUAAAGAUUUUCUAUCGAAAGAAUAGAAAUACAAACUCCUUUAUCUUUUUGAUGAUUUUUCCAUUUGGUGAUGAAUUCAACACACCUAUAUACGAUGAUAUUUAGUUUAAAUCAAUUACAAUGAAAUGAAACAGAGCUAUGCGAGCUAUAGAAUAAUAAUUGGAUACGACUAUGCUUUUGCAUAGAGAUGAAAGAAAAGUCGUGUAUUUUUUUGAAAUUUCUGAUCUCGGGUCCAAAUGUCGUCAUUGUACAGUUCAAAUAUGCUAUAUAUAAAUAUGUACACAGCUACACUCACGUGCACAAACAUAUACUCACGCAUUCAUACACCGAAAGAACACCUACAGACAUAGAGACAGACAUUAUAUACGAUGUAUAGUCGAAGGUAUGAACAAACAAAAUGUAUUAGGGCGCGUUAAUUAAGCAAUAUAUAUGUGUGAUUGAUGCAGAAUCUGUGCAUACCAAGUGUUUUAUUGGCGCGAAACGCGGAAUGGUUACUAAAACGUAUUCAAUGGUAUAGGCGAUGACAGUUUUAUCAAGUCCUGGGGCGGUGCACGUUUUGCGGUGAAUAUUUGUUCAAUUACAUUGAUUAAUGGUAUAUUAUAUAUGAUAAAAAGCGUAACGAUAUAAAACAAAGCUACGAGUAAGUUAUUGUAAUUGAGAGUGUUGUCGAAAGCUCACAAAAGUAAAUGCAAAACGAUUAUUGCAGUGUACUCGGUACAGAGGAGAGGGUGAUGCCGACUUGUUCUCACGAUGACAAUAAUGACCGUUCGUUCGUUCAUUUUUUUCGCGAGUUUAGUGUGUCUGUGUGUGUGUGUGUGUGUGUGUGAGUCACACAGCGCGUGGAAUUCGAGAUGACUAUGUAUUGUUAUUCAAUGAAAAUGCAUAAGUUUUUGCGUCAUUCGCGAGAGAAAUGUAUCUACACUCUCCAACGGUUAUGCUAAAUAUAUGAUUGAAAAUAAAAACACGCCCGCGAGUUUAUUGUAAAUAUGACUUCAGCCUCUAUAACGUAACGUUAUUAACGUAUGAGAGACGAGCAACGGAAAUAAAUGAGUUUUAGCGCAAGAAGCAAUGAUUGUCGGGAAUAUAAAAAUAAAGGCGUUUUUCUUUUUUGUCAUAAUUACGUGUACAAAUGUACGAGAGAACAAAGUGCGUAUGUAAUGGGCGGUACUUUGCAAGCUUUUGCAUUAGAUUUUUAUUUCGACACCGGAGAAAGAGAUAUGUUGUAGCACACGUGUGGGAAAUAGGCGCGAUUAGCAAGCCCAAGCGAGAUCUAAACAAGUCCAAGCAGAGUAGCUAUAGAUAACAAUAAGUAUAGAUAUACAUAAAACAAAUUAUAAAUAUAGCGUAUAAAUAUUGUAAGUAAAUGUUGAAGUUAUAACGACUACUUCCUUGAUCUCCUCUAUAGAUCACGUUUAUUUCCGACAAAGAGCAGCUGCUGAUGAUGAUAUAAAAAAAAAUAUAUAUAUAUAUAAAUAAAUAAACGCAUGCGGGCACGCGCGCGAGUGCUGCCUGAAUGAGAGCGAGAUGAAAAAAAUGCGAAUAUCUAUAUAGUUUUCUGUUUUCCAUAUAUAUGAGAUAUCGUUGAAUAUGAAACUGCGAAGACUUUAAAAAUUUUAACGAGGCGAGCCUAAGCGCAAAUACCCGAUUUUGACGUAACAUGUAAAUAUACCAAAGAGAAAACCGAAUGCGGUGGAAUAUCUGAGUGUUUUUCAGUUAUGGAAAUAUUGAGCGAGGUGCAUAAGAGAAAAGAGAAGCUGCAUAGUAGAUGACACGGUUUUGCGUGAGCGCGCGAGUUGUGCAUAUAAGAAACACUAUUAAUGAUUAUAUACAUAUAUACAUAUUUAAUGUCACCGUCAUAUCAAGCCUAUAUCAACGUGUUACGUCGUGAUAAUCUUAAGAAGUUAAUUAUAAAUAUAUCGUUAUCGAACUAUAAAAUUGUUGAAUGAGUAUAAGCGUUUUUGUUGUCGUUUGUCACUCUCGUUUGCAGCAGCCGGUAGAGUCAUAAAAACCAGAAAGCAAAAAAAAAAAAAAAAAUUAAGAAAAAAUCGUAUAAGCAUAUAGGGUUUUGAUGCAUUUCGUCUUGCAACUCGAUCUUCCCUCUUUCCGUCGUCGGUUCUCCUAUCGAUAUUUUGCUUUCAAAUUAUCCUUGCAUUUCGCCACGAAUGACAUGAACGACGCGUUGUUUUAUCAUCGCUAAAGGAAUUGUAUACCGGAGAUGUCUCGUACGUGUAUAGCCUAAAGACUUGCAAAUUUCGAGGAGAAGAUCGACUCGACAAGGUCAAAUGCGCGACUUACUCAGCUGUCGGGGAAUUGCGUCUGACGAUGAUGAUGAUGAUAGCGAAGCUGAACGUUUACGUAGGGAAAACAAAAAAUUUUGUGAAUAUGCGAAAGAAUCUCGAGAGUGAGUGAGGCGAGAUUUUCAUUGAAUUUCUUGUUGACUCGUAAUAACAAUUAUUAUUAAAAAUUAUCAUGAUAAUAAUAAUAUAUUAUAUUAAUGAUAACGUUAAUAAUGAAAACAAUAAUAACAUAAUGAUAUAUUAAAAGUAAUAAGAAAAAAAUAUAUUAAUAUUACUAAUUACAAUAAUAUGAAUGAAUUAAUAUAUUAAUAUAAUGAAAAUAUAAACAGAUGUAGAGUCAAAAAUUUGUCUUCGGAUCGUGUCGUAGAGGCGAAAAUUCAUUUGAAUCAAUGUGUAUAUCAUUGAGCGAAAGACAGAGCGAGAGAUACGGAGGUGGCAAAAAUACUGCGAACAUUUUUGCAUACUUUAUAUACGUCCGUUAUAAUUCUUCAGCCGUUACCUCUUAUAUACGAUUGCACCUUUAUCUCGCCGAGAGUCCCAUUUAGGUAGAGACGAAGCAAAAGAGAGAAAGAGAAAACUGGCAGUAGGUACACAAAAUAGUUUCUCAUUAUCGUUAUACCUCUACAUCAUUAUUAUAUGACUAUACUUUAUUUUUUAUUAUUCCAACGUCGAGAAAUAGAGAGAAAGUUUUAAUGUUACAUGUUAUAUCAAAAUCUGCGUUGAUGAUUCUGUAAAAGAUUGUAAAUACGCCCGAAACAACGUAUUCCCAUAUAUAUUGAUCUUUUUGAUGACUGCACCGCUCUAUACAACAAAAUACAUUAUACUGCUAAAUAAAGUCCACGUUUCAUUCCAUGCACGUUGUUAAUUUCAACAAAUUCGACAUUCUAUACUCCUCUCACAUUAAACGAUAUAAAUAACUAUUAUUUCUAUAAUUUUUUUUUCAUGAUUUUCGGCACAGAUAUACUCUAUCUAUACUCGUAUCUACUCCAAAUCUGUAAAGUCAACUCGAAAAGCGCGCGAAUGACGCUCUUUAUUGUAAAAUAGUACAAAGAAAAUAAGUAGCGUGAAAAAGAACGUUGAGAAUGAGUUACAAUUAUACGUAGUUUACCAUUAUUAUAGACUAUUACCACUACUACUUGCUCGUUUCAGUUUUUGUAUAAACGAAAAGAAGAAAAAAUACACAACAAUUAUAUCGCUUCGUUGAACAGAUAUACACACACACCGGCUCCAUAAUUUAGAUUUUUUAUACAACGUCCUCUUUUAGAUAAUGUCGGUCACGAUCACUCUCCGCAUUGUUGCAAUGAAAACCUCGAGGUGUUUUUAACGGAGUCGUGACCGGAUUAUCUCGACAACUCUAAUACGUUCGCAUUGCGUCAUUCCCCGAAUAACUACUAUGGACUGCUUUAAUUUGUACAUUUAUUCUUAUCUCGUCGAUGAGACUCGAGCGCGAGUGUUAUAUAUACAUUCGGGAGCCGAAUGAGAGGAAAAUUUUUGUAACUUCGAUCCACGUUACAUUCGGUACUCUAUCUCUCUCUAUUCCAUUUUUCAUAAUUCCCUCUCUAUACAUAAUAUAUUAUGUGUAUAUAAGUAUCUUAAUAACACGAUUGUCACGAUAACAAAGAUUAGUGUACACAUAAGUUCAGAAAACGACACAUCACACACGUACUACUCACACAGGCAUUAAUGUACAUAUAUUCAGAGACUAAAAUCGAGUAUAAAAAGCACUACCUAUCGACUAAAUGACGCUAGACUUAUAUACAUAUAAAAAAUAAUGAUGAUGAUGGUCACGAUGAGAUUAUUGUAUAGUUGAUGGCUAACGCGUGUACCAUCUCUGAGAGGAAUAUACAUAUAAAUAAAUGACACGCGGUGUGUAUCUCCAACGCCUACUCUAUACUUCAAAUGCAAUUAAUGAUAUUCAGAUAAACUGUGCGUGCAGCGAUGUGUUAUCGUGAGAAAAAUGAAAAAGAAAUCUACACUUGACUCAUUUAGGCUUAAAUUGUAGUCUGUAAGCGUAUACGGAGUAUUCAAGCUAACGAAACAAAAAAAUUACCGAACAAAAGAGUGAAAAAAAAAUAUUAAGAAAAAAAAAUUUGUUGUUGCAACUGCCAUGCUGUGUGCCAUUAUAUACUUACGCGAGUCACGAUUGUUGUAUAAGGAAAAAAAAGUAUUACCUACAACAACAAAAUAAAACUAUUUACUGCUACUCAUCUCGUCUCUCUGUGAACUUGUGCACUUUAAGAAAUUAAUGCGAAGAAUUUAAACUUAUUGAACGUGAAUUCACGAGAUACGUCAAUUUGCGUCGAUCGUCAUAUCCUGUUGAGCUGAUGAUAUAUCGUUAAAUUGAAAAAAAAAUAUAUAUAUAUAAAAAAUACAAACACAAAUGGUUGUCCUUCGAUUUCGCGAUGCUACUUGUAACUGCAGUUAUUUUCUGUGUAUAGAUUACACGGAUGGUUCGAGAGUUUCAUUGCGUAUUCGAUAUUAUUUAUUUUGAUGCGCUCUAUAUUAUAAAAAAAAAAAUUAAAAAUUAAAAACUGGCGUGCGAUUGCAGUUGAGUGAAUGAUUAUGAAGAAGUAUCGCAUUCAAAUUAUACGGAACAAAGCUUGGAAAGCCAGACACCCACCCACACACACACACACACACACAUACACUUACACACAAACGUUUACACGUGCACGAUUUGUAGAUUUUCUUUACAUCCCAAAUUAACGAAGAGAUGUAUAAAUUUCAUUGAGACAAUAAGUAUAUUGGAAUUAUUAUCGGAAAAUCUGAUAAAAAAACGAAGAAAAUAAUUAUCGAUCGUAAGAAAGAUUAAAGAUUCGAUAUAGUCGCACGUGUAAACGUGUAUAUAUAUACAUACCCAUCGUGCUUAUCCAACGAUUGUAACGUUUUUUUUUUAAUAUCUGAACGUCGUUCCCUGAACAGCUCAGGUUCAUAAAGAGAAAAAAAAAGAGAAAAAAAGGAAGAUUAUGCAUUAUUCGUAUUUAAAAUAUAGUUGGCAAAACUACGGAGCACUUGUGUAUUGAUAUGUGUAUAAUUAACAAGGGAAAAAAAACAACUAAAAAAUCGUUGAUUAAUCAUUAUAGAUUUCAAGCACAACAAAGAUUAGUAGGGCCAGGCACAAUAAAAUUCGGCCAAUACGUUGUAGACAGCGAUCUUUUAGAGCGGCAAGUCAUAUAAGUCUAACUAUAGGUAAUGAUGAUAUUAAAUAAAUGCAUAUUGUCUAUUGUCA